CGUUGCGAGCAUUAUGUCGCACAGGAAGUUCAGUGCACCCCGACAUGGGUCCAUGGGAUUCUAUCCCAAGAAGAGAUCUCAGCGUCAUCGUGGAAAAGUUAAAGCAUUCCCCAAAGAUGAUCCGAAUAAACCUGUGCAUUUAACCGCUUUUAUCGGUUACAAGGCUGGUAUGACCCACGUGGUUAGGGAGGCUGAUCGUCCGGGAUCGAAGGUGAAUAAAAAGGAAAUAGUGGAGGCAGUUACCAUUCUUGAGACACCGCCUAUGAUUGUGGUUGGUGUAGUGGGUUACAUAGAAACUCCACAUGGUCUGCGUGCUCUCACCACAGUGUGGGCAGAACAUCUUUCAGAAGGAUGUCGCAGAAGGUUCUACAAGAACUGGUACAAGAGCAAAAAGAAGGCAUUUACAAAGGCUUCCAAAAAGUGGCAAGAUGAUCUUGGUCGUAAGUCCAUCGAAAACGACAUGAAAAAGAUCAUGAAGUACUGCAAAGUUGUAAGAGUCAUUGCUCAUACACAGAUGAGAUUGUUGAAGCAACGCCAGAAGAAAGCCCACAUCAUGGAGAUUCAAUUGAAUGGUGGAACUAUUGAACAGAAAGUUCAGUGGGCUCGUGAACACCUUGAGAAACCUGUACCAGUCAACAAUGUGUUUGCUCCAGAUGAAAUGGUGGAUGUGAUUGGUGUAACAAAAGGAAAGGGAUACAAAGGCGUUACGUCGCGUUGGCAUACAAAGAAAUUGCCACGCAAAACACACAAAGGUUUGAGGAAAGUUGCUUGUAUCGGUGCUUGGCAUCCGAGCCGUGUGUCAUUCACCGUUGCACGCGCUGGACAGAAGGGAUACCAUCAUCGUACAGAGAUGAACAAGAAGAUCUACAGAAUCGGACAAGGCAUUCACACCAAGGACGGAAAGAUCGUGAAGAACAACGCUUCAACAGAGUACGAUCGUACCGAAAAGACAAUCACUCCCAUGGGUGGUUUCCCUCAUUAUGGUGAAGUGAACAAUGACUUCGUUAUGCUAAAAGGUUGCUGCAUGGGGCCGAAGAAACGUGUGGUUACUCUACGCAAGUCUCUGUUGGUGCAUACCAAACGAUCCGCAUUGGAGAAGAUCAAUCUCAAGUUCAUCGAUACGAGCUCCAAAUUUGGACAUGGUCGCUUCCAGACUGCAGCUGACAAGGUGUCCUUCAUGGGUCAACUCAAGAAAGAUCGUAUCCGUGAAGAACAGGCUAAAGCUACGACAUCUGCCCCAUCGACUGCAGCUGCUCAGUAAUAUCAUUCUAACUUGGAGUUGCAUGCAGUGGAUAAUAAAGAUUUUAAAAAUAA